AUGCUGAGAAUGCCUGUCUACCGCUUAGCUCGUUACUUUUUAUUCAUCGUGGAGCUCAAUUAUCGCCCUGAGACUGUACCCUGGACAUUCACCCAACUACAGUUUCUCGGUUGGGGUGCCCAUGUUGUGCCGGAUGUUCGAGAGUUCUACCAAUUCCUUGAAACAUACAGCCAUCUACGGGCUGAAAAACCUCUGUCGAGCGAUUUUGGUCCUACCAUCGUUCACUGCAGCGCUGGUGUUGGGCGCACUGGAACCCUGAUCUGUGCUGACAUGUUGCUAAACCAACUGCGCACGAAACCAUCGCGACUUGACGUCUUCGGUACUGUCCUUGCAUCUCGCAUCUUCCGUCGCAAUCUCGUCCAGGUCAAGGCGCCUGCUACUCUAACUGUUAAUCCCUCGUCAGGCGGUUUGGCGCAGGAUGCCAUAAACGACCAGCCAAAAAGCAAUCAGUUCACCGGUCCUUCUUUAGCUCAACCCACGACGUUUGCGGCCGUGCAACCAUGGGCAUUACCAUCUCAGGCGCCUGCUACUCUAACUGUUCCUCCCUUGUCAGGCGCGUUUGCGCAGAAUGAAGUUCACGACGUUCCAAAUGGGAACCCGACCAACGGUGCUUCUUUAGCUCAACCCUCAGCAUUUGCGGGUUUGCCAACAAGGACAGUGCCACCUCAGACCCCCGGCCAUCCAUCUGUUCCUCCGAUGCCAAGAGAUGUGCCGCAUCAGGAAGAGUACGAUGUACCAAAAGGGCAUGAUCUAUAUGACGUCCCGGCGCAACCGAGUGGGGCACCUCGUUUACCACCAAAAACAAUGGUCACUAGACCGGUCUCACAACAAGUGAGCAUUGACGCACAGAAUGGACGCUUUGUGCUGCCUGGCCAAUCACGUCCCGGUAAGUUUCACGCCUCAGCAUUUUAUCUUUAA